GUCCCAUACUGCCCUGCGCCCGCGCACAUUACGCCAGAGCAAGAUGGCCGACACGGCGGCCACUGCCGGGUCCGGUGGCUCCGGAACGAGAUCAGGAAGUAAACAAUCCACUAACCCUGCUGACAACUACCAUCUGGCCCGGAGGCGAACCCUUCAGGUGGUUGUGAGCUCCUUGUUGACAGAGGCAGGGUUCGAGAGUGCUGAGAAAGCAUCCGUGGAAACAUUGACAGAGAUGCUGCAGAGCUACAUUUCAGAAAUCGGGAGGAGUGCCAAGUCCUACUGUGAGCACACAGCCAGGACGCAGCCCACACUGUCAGACAUCGUGGUCACGCUUGUUGAGAUGGGCUUCAAUGUGGACACUCUCCCUGCUUAUGCGAAACGGUCUCAGAGGAUGGUCAUCACUGCCCCUCCAGUGACCAAUCAGCCCGUGACCCCCAAGGCCCUCACUGCAGGGCAGAACCGACCCCAUCCGCCACACAUCCCCAGCCAUUUUCCUGAGUUCCCUGACCCUCACACCUACAUCAAAACUCCGACGUACCGUGAGCCCGUGUCAGACUACCAGGUCCUGCGGGAGAAGGCUGCAUCCCAGAGACGAGAUGUGGAGCGGGCACUCACCCGCUUUAUGGCCAAGACAGGCGAGACUCAGAGUCUUUUCAAAGAUGACGUCAGCACGUUUCCAUUGAUCGCUGCCAGGCCUUUCACCAUCCCCUACCUGACGGCCCUUCUUCCAUCGGAGCUGGAGAUGCAGCAGAUGGAGGAGACAGAUUCCUCGGAGCAGGAUGAGCAGACGGACACAGAGAACCUCCCUCUUCAUAUCAGCACGGGCUGGAAGCCCAUGGCUUUACCUAAAGCAGAGGACCUUGUUAUUCUCCACCUCUGUUUUGGACUCAGUUCAUUUGGUCUGCGAUGUGGUGAUAUGGUCGUGGACUCAGAUGAGUUUCACGUUAUGAACAGGAGGCAUCCUCCAAGCAGAACCACCAUCCCUUUGUAAAUACCAAGUAGCUAAAGGGUCCGCAGAGGUGUGACUGGACACCGCAGGUGGUGACAGAGGUCAGGUCAUGGCCAUGAGUGAGCCGAGGCUGCAGGAACACGGGAGCUGCUGUAGGACUCCAGGGUGCCGAGAGGCCAAGCCAGACGGCAGAGAGUAGGAAGAGCUGACCCUCAGAGUCACGCUGGCUUGGCCUCCAAUCCAGAUGGCGCUGCUUUCCAGAUCACCUGACCUGGGUGGCAUCCCCUAACAUCUGAGUCUGUUUCCUCACAAGUACAAGCAGGAUUAGGAAAACCUGUCUCAGCAGCGUACAUUGGGUGCCUGGCUGAUGGCUCCCGCCCCCAACCUCCCGCCAUUUUAGGCUGUACCACCACCUGCUCGUCUAAUAAAAAUAAAUAAAUAAAGAGACCUCAAGAAAAGGAUCCUAGCAACAACAGAUACACAGUUGAUUGGACUUACUCCUGUUAUUCUGUUGAAUGGCAAAUACAAUCCUAUGUUUCAAAAUUCACAAUGUAGAAAGAAAUGUAUGGCCACCCUCCUUUACCCCAUCCUUGUUCCCUGUCAUCCGCUUCCCCGCCUACCAAGCAGCCAGUGUCCCCAGUCUUUUGUGUAUCCUCCAGAGACACCGUUUCCUCCUUGUUUUAAACACAAAUAGCAAGUCACAGUGUUCCCUUCCUUGUUCCCUUUCUUGGGGUAUCUCGGUGAUCAUUCCAUAUGUGUAUGUCGGGAGCCUCUUCAGCCCUCCUUAGCCUUCAAUCGUGUUCUACUGUGUGGACGUAACCAUGGGACCUGACCAGCUCCGUGUAGACGCUUGUGUUUUCUAUCUGUGCUUUACAGACAUUGUUAACAUCGUUAAGUGAAUUAAAUAACUGGUAUUUUAAAUUAUUCUUUGAUCUACCAAUGGCAGCACUUUUUUCAAGGACUGUUGCUAGGUGGUUACUUUGUUUAAUCCGGUUCCGGUUUCUCCAUGUACUUGAAUAUAAAAGGACUAUUCAUUUUAACUUAUGUGUAAGAGAAUUUUUUUCCCUUGUAUAUUUGAACUAGCUGCCUUCUAUGAUAAUACCCAUAUCUACACUUGGUGCUCCUUUAUCAACAAUGUACCAUUCAUUCACUCAACAAGUAUUUAUUUAGUACCUAUAUGUGCCAGAUACCGUUCUGGGUGAUUGGGAUGCCUCAGUGAAAAUAACUAAUGAAACAUCUGUCUUUUGGAAGCCUGUGUGUUGGCCAGGGUGGGGGAGGGGAGAAACAAUGAGUGUAAUAUAUAAAUGAAUCAUCUACAGUGUAUUAAAGAUGCAGAUGCUAUUGUUGGGGCAAGGGGACCAAGGAAGGGGAAGAUCCAGGGUGAAAGAUGGAAGUUUCAGUUUUAAAUAAGGUAAUCAGGGUAGACAUCACUGAGGAGACAUUUGACAAGAGAUUUGCAGGAAGUGAGCAAGUGAGCCAUGUGGAUAUCUGGGGAAGAGCAUUCUGGAAAGGGAGCAACCAGUUCAGAGGCCCUGAGGAACAACACAGAGGUGAGUAGGACUGUGGCUGAGGGAGGCUGUGGGAGGGAGGCUGAGGUCAAGUCAGUUAAGAUCCUGCAGUCAGCUCUCAGAACUGGCUUUUAAUUGGGUGUGUGGGAGUUGUGGGAGGGUGUGAAAUGGAGGAGGGACAUACCAGAACUUCCUCAAAGAUCUCGGGCUGUGGGGGAGGUCAGUUAGGAAGCUGUUGCGCUAGUCUUGAUGAGAGCUCCUGAGGGUCCAACAGGGCAGCUGCAGUAGAGAGAGCGGAAGUGGUCAGAUUCUACCCGUAUUUUGAAGGUAAGGCCAGGGAGUUAUCCUAACAGAUUUGGUUGUGGGAGUCUGAGAGAGAAGAGCAAGCGUGACGGUGGAGUUGUGGCUGGAACGACUGGAAGGACGGAGUCGCCUCAGGGGAAGGGCUGGAGUUUCGUUUCUGGCACGGAAGUCUGAGAUGCCUCUCGAGGCCCGGUGGAGAUGUUGAGUGAGCAGGUGGCUAUGCAAGCCUGGGAGUCAGAAGAGAGGUGAGGGCAGAGAGGUGCCCACAGCAGUGGUCAGGAAAGAAAGAUGGCAUUGGAAACUGAGGCACUGCAGUCACCCGGGGCGUGGGGGGGCUCACCAGAGCGCACACACUCUGGCCUUCACAGGCUUGGGGAGCUUCUGACAGACUCUUCUGCUCCCACCUUUUUCAAGCAAAUCUCCAUGAGUUUGGUACUUUACUUUUAUCUACUCCUGUCCCUCCCUAUCUCAAGGCUCCCUGUCCCUGAAGGAGGCAAGAAAGUGGCCAUUCCAGCUCUACUUGGGAGAAGAGAAGCUGUUGUCCCAUGACUCAGGACCCACAUCCUGGCCUUGUGAGACAAGUGAGCCGAACAAAGGAAGCCUAGUGCCCUCUGGCAGAGCUCCCAGAGCUGGCUUUUUUGUGCCCCUCACUGUCCCUCCCAUCCUUAUUAUCUCAGGAAACACUUAAGUUGUGGUUGAAGGAACUUGCCGCUACUUUAAGAUAGGGCAUUUCCGGUAGAGAAAGGACAGCAGGGAAGUAGGGGUGAGUUACUAAACCAAGCCAUUAACAACUUCAGAAAGAUUGGGAGCCAAAUAUCCCAGGCAGGUCUGGUCAUCUGGCAUGAGCUAGGUUAGCCUGGGGGCAUUCCCUUUUAAGAGAGCCUCCAGAAGGUCCACAGUGGUUCUAGGUCACUUUGUGGGAGAGGGAAAGCACAGGGACCCUGGAUGGAACUGGGUUUGAUGGGAGAACAGAAUUGGCGGGAGGGGGGGGGGUUGGGAAGCGGAACCUAGAAGGGAGCCAGUUUCUUCAGGCUCGCUAAGCCUGAGACAGGAGUCCCUGCACUGCUUGCUGUCCCUUGUGAGGGAGCCUGCUGUUCCUGUCAUCCAGUCACAGUGUCCUCUUCUGCCCUACUGUCUGGACAACAGAAUCUCCUGGUUGAGGUCAGGUACCCUUUUGCCUCAAUUACUAAACAGGAAUCUCAGUGACAGGAGCGGUGGCCUGUCACCAGGGGGCGCAGCCCAAUCAGCUGCUGCUGGUCACUUCUAGCCCCUCAGGCCUGAGCUUCUAGGUCAAGGCCUUGGUGUGAUUUUUCUCCCCCUUCCCCAGCAGCUUCUGCUCAUUUUAAAAAACUUGGAAAAUAGAGGAGAGUAUAAAUAAGGGAGAAUCAAUCACUGAUAUUCCCAGAACCAGUUUUUAACGUUUCAACCUACUUUUAAUAUGUCUACACACUAUGAUU